GAGUGUGACGCAUAAAUCUCACGCCAACAGCAAGAACGUAGUGCUUGUGUUUGUGAGAAGCGAGAAGAAGCACGUUUGCAAAUUAUUUUUUUUUGGCAAUCAAAUUAAAAUAAAAACAGGUGAUAGUUGAUUUGUCAGUCCUUCCUGCGAGUGGAAAGAUUUGAGAGAACAGCAACCCUGCGUUGAAAAGGACCCUGUGAGUGUGUGAGGCCCUGUCAGGAUGUCUCUGGCGGACGAGCUCUUAGCUGACCUCGAGGAAGCUCGUGAUGAAGAGGAGAGAGGAGACGGGGAAGGAGGCAGCGGGCUGGGGGAGGAGAGCGGCCCGGAGCUGGAGGAUAUCCAGGAGGAGAUGGAGACGGACUUCAGCGGAGCGGAGAGCGUCACAAGCAUCGCCAAGCUGAGGCACAGCAAGGGGUUUUCAGACAUCAUGGAGAAGGUUGGAGAGUAUGUCGAGAAACAACGGAAAAGUUCUGAAGUGACUGGUCCUGUUGAAGCGGACCCUGAGUACAGACUGAUUGUCGAUGCCAACAACCUGACUGUGGAGAUUGAUAAUGAGCUGAAUAUCAUCCACAAGUUUGUUCGUGACAAAUACUCCAAGCGCUUCCCGGAGUUAGAAUCACUGGUGCCAAACUCGCUGGACUACAUCAGGACUGUGCAGGAGCUGGGUAAUAACCUGGAUAAGUGCAAGAACAACGAGAAUCUGCAGCAGAUCCUGACCAACGCCACCAUCAUGGUGGUCAGCGUGACUGCGUCCACCACGCAGGGUACGAUGCUAGCGGAGGAUGAGCUGAUCCGAUUGGUGGAAGCCUGUGACAUGGCCCUGGAGCUCAACCAAUCGAAGCACAGGAUCUACGAGUAUGUGGAGUCCAGGAUGUCCUUCAUCGCGCCCAACCUGUCAAUCAUUGUGGGGGCCUCGUCUGCUGCCAAAAUCAUGGGGGUAGCAGGAGGCUUGACUAACCUGUCCAAGAUGCCGGCCUGUAACCUGAUGCUGCUGGGAGCCCAGAGGAGAACCCUGUCUGGGUUCAGCACCACCUCCCUGCUCCCUCACACUGGAUACAUCUACCACAGCGACAUUGUGCAGGCACUGCCAACGGACCUGCGUCGCAAGGCGGCUCGGCUGGUGUCUGCGAAGUGCACGCUGGCAGCGCGAGUGGACAGCUUCCACGAGAGCACUGAUGGCAAGGUGGGCUAUGACCUGAAGGAGGAGAUCGAGAGGAAGUUUGAUAAGUGGCAGGAGCCCCCGCCAGUCAAGCAGGUGAAGCCUCUUCCAGCCCCCCUGGACGGGCAGAGAAAGAAGAGAGGGGGCCGCAGGUAUCGAAAGAUGAAGGAGCGCUUGGGUCUGACUGAGAUCAGGAAGCAAGCCAACCGCAUGACGUUCGCUGAGAUUGAAGAGGAUGCCUAUCAAGAGGAUCUGGGCUUCAGUCUGGGUCAGCUGGGCAAGUCAGGGAGCGGACGAGUCAGACAGGCUCAGGUCAACGAGGUCACCAAGGCCAGGAUCUCCAAAUCACUGCAGCGCACGUUGCAGAAGCAGAGCAUGGUGUACGGAGGCAAGUCCACAGUGAGAGACCGAUCUUCUGGGACCAGCUCCAGUGUGGCCUUCACCCCCCUACAGGGUCUGGAGAUUGUUAACCCUCAAGCUGCUGAGAAGAAGGUUGCUGAAGCCAACCAGAAGUACUUCUCAAACAUGGCCGAGUUCCUAAAGGUGAAGAGAGAAGCUGACAGCAAACCCUGAGACUACAGCUCCCAGAGUGCACUGCUCCACCCGGACUACCGCUCCCUCACCAGCCCCACAACCGAGAGUCCCGUUCAGAUACAUAAGUUCACACAUGCUCCGGACUACAGUUCCCAGAAGCCAUUGCACAGUUUGGGGGGAAAACAGAAUAUUUGCUGUGGGUCACAAAAGAAGUUGACACACAGCCCAUAAUCCUUAUCGUUACAUUCUGCAGUUCCCAGAAGCCAUUGUUUAGUAUGGGAUACAAAUAGAUUGCAUUUUUACCACUGUGAAUAAGAUGAUAAAAUCCACUUCAGUACCUUUCUCUCUGCUUCUCCUCAUCGCUGAUAUGUGAACUUCUGUGUUUCACAUGUCUGUGGCAGGAAAGCACUUUUUAACACACACUUUAUCAAACUGUAAGAACAGUAUUUAAAUAACUGCCAUCAGAUCUACUCAUGGUGGUUCCAGCUUCAUGAAAAUGAAGCUGCAUCGUCUUAAGAAGUUAUUCAAAGUAGAAAAUAUAUUGGGAAACGAAAUUCAGAUCCACAGUGAUCAGGGGAGCAGUGAAAAUGGCCCCAUGGUUCAUGCAGUAACCUUUAUUAUUCAAACUUGCUGUUAACCUGUAAAGUGGAUUUGUUUUGGAUAGUGCUGAACAAACCCAUGUAUUAUUUGGAUAGCGCUCUCCACAGGCCACUGGUGUGGAUCGGGCUGAGAAACAGCUGCUUGGGUUUGUGUGGAUCGCUGUUCUUCACAGAGUCUAAGAAUAGUAGCAAUCAUCAGAAACCCAAGCAGCAGUUUCUCCAGUCUUCACUCUGAAUGGUGAAUCAGCCUGAUCGACACCAGCGCCCCUCCCCUUGUUUCUGUGGAGAGCUCGAUCCCAAUAAUGCGUUUGUGCCGCACUAGUUUCAGAUAAUGGAGAUCUAGCUGUAUUUGAUAAAGACUUUCUCAAUCAAACCUGCAUCUUGUUAAAUGUAACUGAAACGUGUUUUACUGUACUGUGUGGAGACUGGGGGCUGCUUCACUCGUUCUCUGUGACAGAAGAGCACCGCGAGAUAGCGGAGGUGUUCUGAGGAUUCAGGUUUUACUGUACUGGAGAGGUGAAAGGGGUUUUCAAACCUUACAGACUUCACUAUCCUGAGAUCAGCUUCACAUUUGGGUCUCAUUGUUUUAAUAAGCACGUCCUGUAUUUAAGUUUUAAAUAUUGGUGUCAAACCUUAUAUUUUUUUUUUAAUAAAUAACUUGUCCUGGCA